CGGAGCCAUCUCGGAGGGAAAGAAAGGGGUGGGAAAGGGGGACCGCCUCCUCCUCCCUCUGAUCUCCUCUCUCUCUGCCUCCCUUCUUAAUUUUUGCUUCUUUAAUUUUAGCCUCCGAAUAUCCGGCCGAUCGGUGGUCGAUUUCGGUCGAUAACGAGAUGUUGGCCCAGCUGCUCAGGAGCUCAGGCCGCGCGAUAUUUCGUACCGUGAGCCCGAGGUCUUGGGGCGGUGGAGGGAGCUCUAUUUUUCGGAGCAUAGCGCUCCCCAACCUCAAGAGGAAAGCGUCGAACACUCGGUCGGCAGUCCAAGAGACCUUCCUCUCUACCAAGCAAGUCUUUGAGAGUCAUCGGGUGGUUUUCACAAUUGGGACAUCUAUAGCAUCUAUUCUGACUGCAUGGGCAGGUUAUUCUUUACGUCAGCAUCAUCAAUCACAAAUUGAGAAAAGGCUUGGAUCAAUUGAAGAAGCUUUGAAAAAUAACUCUGAACAUCAAGAGAUUAAAAAAAUUGCUACUUCUGGAAAUGUCGGCACCGCAGCUUGUAUUGCUACAGCUUGGACUUCUCUGGUUAUUGGUUAUGGUCUGGGCUGGCGGGGUGGAGCAUGGUACACCAAUAGAAAAUUCCGAAGGGAGCAGCUCAAAUUGAUGCUUCAAAUGAAGCCACAGAGAUGGCAAUUUCUGAGAAGACCAUUUGUAAGGUUCAGGAAUUCUCAACCUGUCCAUAGAAUUCAAGAGUCCCCUCCAGCGGCUGAUGCUGGCUCACUUACUGCUCAGCAGUUACACAAAUCUUAGUAACCUGUAACAGCAGCUGUAAUUUUGGUGUACUGUAGAUAUUUCUCAAAGAGAAGGCUGACAAUUACUCAGACAUGGUUAACCAUGUAGUUUGCUCCAAAUUUGAGAGGUUUUAAUUUUGGAUCAUAUGGCAUGCACGGUGCUGCCACCUUCGAGGAAUGCCGAGUGCAUGAUGCUGGUAUUAAGGAGAUUUAGGUCAUUCUUUGCUUGUUUCUUCUUCCAGCUCUGUUUCUUGGCCCUUGAGCACCUACUGAGAAGUGUGCUUUUAGGGCUCAAGUCAUGAAAUUUAUCUACCCCUUAUCAGAAAGUUUUUAAAUAUAAUCUGUUCUAACAGCA